AUGGCCCAGUCCAGCUAUUCUCCGAGCUCGUCCAGUUCUGCUGACACCAGCACCCAUGCCAGAGCGCCCAGCGCCCGCUCUGGUGCCUCUUCGCGCUCGCAGGGCCAGGGCCAGAACAUCUCGAGUCAGUCCGCUUCACCGCAGACGGCGUCGCGGGGCCCACGCAUCUCCCACGCCUGCGAGCCAUGUCGCAUUCGAAAGACAAAGUGCAGUGGAGACAAACCAGUAUGCUCUCACUGCCAGUCCUUCGGAAUCGGCUGUUAUUACGCAAAUAACAAGCGCGACCGCACAAAAGAGGAACUGCAAAAUUUACGCGGGAAGGUGACAAAGUACGAGUCCAUACUCAAGAAGCUGCAACGAACUUUACCACGAAGUAGUCGCGAGGACAUUGAUGACGUUUUGCGACCACAGACUGGACAUUCGCUCGACCCUGCCCAGCCCUCGGAGUCCUCUUUUCCCAAGCAGUCCAGGUUCGAUCUCUCGCGAAAGGCACCUCCGGGCUCUGUCGACACCAAGGCCACUGCCGAGAUUGAGGAUACAUCAGAUUCGGAGCUUGCAGGCGAAGAUCUAGUAUCUGCUGAAGUGGGAUCCACUGGCUCGAUCGAUCAUCUCAACGAAGACAUCAACUCUAUUGGCAUGUCUGAUCCAGAAGGGUAUAUCGGCAAGUCCUCGAGCGUCGACUGGAUCAAGAAGAUAUACGAUGUGGUGUAUGAGGACGAGUCAAACAGCGACGACGACAACUUGUCAAAAUCCGGCUUUUUCGAUUCCACGCUCGCAGACUUCAACGCUUCUUACAAUCUCGAUGAUCUGGAUAUCGCUGUCGACGCAGUAGAUCUGAGCUCGAUGCCACCGCGACACGCUGCAGAUCAACUGGUUGAGUACUAUUUCAAGACAGUCCAUCCCUCGUUCCCAUUCAUUCUCGAGCCCCUGUUUCGCUACCAGUACGAUCUUUUCUGGGCUGGUUAUCUCGACGACCAGAACGGGCAGUGGCUCGCGCUCCUAAACAUCAUCUUUGCCAUUUCCUCCACCGUCGCUCAUAUAGGACGCGCCGACGUUGGAUACAUCGAGCUCGAUCAUCUGCAGUUCUACGGUCGGGCGAAGAUCCUGAAGCCGGAUGUCACUGUCCCUGGUGAUGUGCAGCACAUUCAGUACAUAGCACUCCUGAGCUUUUAUCUCUUUGCGACAAAUCAUCUCAACCGCUGCUAUUGUUUACUAGGCCUCGCUGUACGGCAAGGACAGUCUGUCGGUCUGCAUUUAAGAAUCAAUAGAGCGAAACUCACAGACGCACAAAAGGAAGUCCGUGUAAGACUAUGGAACGCGCUCUAUGUGUUUGAGCGCACCGUCUGCGGUCUCACCGGCCGCCCGUCAAUCAUAACCGAUUUCUCCACCUCCGCCCCGCUUCCAUCCACAAGUGCCGAAUCUGAGAACUUUGACUUUAUUCCCCAGCUGAGCUCGCAGGCCACGUCGAUGACCAAGAAACUGCAAGCGCGGUACUUUCUAAACGAGGUCGAGAUAUCGCGCAUCUUGGGCCAGGUCAUGGAUAAGCUGUACGCACCCGAAAUUGUCAAUUACACGUGGUCUUCGGUCUUGCAUGUUAUUAAAGAUCUGAAUAAUAUGAUUGAUGAGUGGAAGGAGAAUUUGCCUGCGAUUCUCCAUUUAGAUCUCAGUUCUCCUAUUGACUACAGCUCUGAGGAUCUUAUGCUACUAAAGAUGAGAGUCCACCUUCAACUACUAUACUACGACGUCAUUCGACUGAUCAAUAGACCAUGUCUCUGCCGCACCGAUAUCCCAGGCGAGUCCCGAGAGUCGCGCGAAUUCACAACACAAUGUGCGUACCGCGCAAUGGAAGCCGGCCAUAAGACAAUGCUGCUGUUUCCUGAUUUCCGGAGACUCAAGCUCACGCCGUAUGUGUACGAAGCGGUCGUCUGCGUGCUGCCGUGGUGGUGCUCGGUCAGCUAUGCGAUGGGCUCGAUCUCGGCCAUGGUUCUGGGACACAAGAUGGGAUACUCGCCAAAAGGGAUUGACGCCGAUGUGAUCGUUGACGAUCUCGACCGCUUGAGCUGUGUGAUUGCUGCAUACGGUAAUUACAUGGCCUCCACGCGCUGCUUGGAGAUUCUCACAAAUCUGCGCCAGAGAGCUAUGAAACGAAGCCCUUCAAUAUAUCAUGUCCAGCGUGCGCCGCCACCGGAGUUUUCAAGUAACGAUAGCCCCGCUACACUGGCCGCGCAGUUUGGCUCCUCCACUCUGUCAGCCCAAGAAGGCGCCAAUCCGGCACUGACCGUGAGUCCAGAGCAAUAUUACAGCAGCGGCGGACAAAACACGCCGAGCAAUUCGAUGGGCAAUCCCAACAUCUACAGUCCCUACAAUCCCGCGGCCGACGACGGCUCGUCUAUCAGCGGGACCGACCUUCGCUCGCUGCAGUCGCCGGCUAACACCGACGACAUCAUGAUGGCCGGCUCGGACUUCAGAUCCCAGCCUAUGAACUCGCAGCCGAUGGAGCAGCAGCAGUUCUACCACCAGGGUCUCGCGCCUGCUACACAAGUCACCCAAGUAAGCGGGCACACAAUGGCGCUCACGCAACAGCAGAUGAUGCAGAUGCAGCCGGGAACGCACAACCAGAUUACAAGUUAUCCGCAGCAGGAGGUGCCGUAUAUGUCGCAGCUGGGUGGGCCGGAUAAGCAGUCUAUGCAGGCGAUGACUUCUGACAUUCUGUCGUCGGUGCCGCAGCAGGCUUCUGCGUCUGUCAUAACUGAUACGAUGAUGCAGCAGGGUGUGCAGGACGAAGAGAAUACGUUUCCGCCUUCGAGUGGAUUCUGA